GGCAGUCGUGUUGUUGUUUAUUACGAAAAAUAAUUAAUUCCUAUUAAAAUGUGAAUAAAAUGACUGUGAAAAAUUAUUAUUUUAAUGUAGAAAAUUAUUAUAAACCUUAAUAAGUUUACUGUGUUAAGAGUGAUAUGAUAAGUGUUCAAUGGUGUUCACAUAGAUUGGAAAUUCAUAAGACAAGAUGCAUAAGUACUACAUCUCACUGCUUUUGGUGAGGCUGGUUCUUCCAUCGGCCCUCCUUCUAAGUAUAGCAUUACGACCAUUCGGACUCUCCCUGAUAUAUCUACUUCUGUACUUAAUAGCACCGUUUCCACAAGUACCGGAUUCACAUACAUUUAAAGGCUGGCGCGGCAAGUUCCUACUGCUGAACAUCGUGGUGUCGGUGCUGCUGCUUCUAGUCCACGCGGCAUGGCACAGCGUGCUGGCGGCGUUCGGCAGCUAUGGCUCCUUGCUCGAACAGUACCCCAUCAUCCAGGAGAUCGGCCAGAACCUGGGUCUCGUCUCGUAUCGAGGCAUAGAUCCGCUGAUGGCUGUACAUUUUCUGGCACCUGAAUUAAUAAUGACAUUUGCGUCGUUGGUCGUUUAUCUGGUGGUUCGAAAACUUCUAGUCGGCACCCCCGACGAUGAAGUUGUGAAGAAAGACUCCAAACAUCAAAGCUUUCCGCUACUGACUAGUGCAGGGAAGUACAUAGCAUUAUGCCUCAUAAUGUUCUCCGGUAUAAUGCGGCCGAGUGUGACGUCGGGCAUCUACUACCUGACGUGGAUGGGCGCUGCGACGGCGUGGGCGCUGGGCAAACCCCUGGAGCGGGGGUUCGCCGUCGUCAGCCGCUGCCUGAUGGCCAUCAUGGCCGCCCAUGUCGCCGUGCAGCUCGUAUACCAGUGCUCCUGGCUGAUCGACAUCUACCCACCGGAUAAUGAUUUUGCGAGAUACUUUGGUUUGACAAAAUUAGUGAUACUGAACGAAACACUCCCAUCGACAUUCGUAUACGAGGUGUCGGAGGACCACAUGUGGGCGACGCUGGCUAGCCCCUUCGUAAUUUUAGUAGCGUAUUAUUUUCUUGCCGUCGAAUCUCGUGAGCUAUUCAAGCCCAAGGCGAAGAAAAAGAGCGCGUUGACGGGUAUAGAGGCGGGGAAAAACAACGGCGCGCUGAUGCGGGGCGUGUCCUUCCACCGCUCCAGCCGCUACACGUCGCGCGACCGCUGGAAGAGCGCCACCAAAAAAGUCCGACUUAUACGGAACUUGAGUCCAAGUAAGAAAUGGUCAAGUGUUCGAUCCAAGCGACAACUACACCAGGACUCGACGGGAUCUGUCGUCGUUCCAGACGAAGAAUCAAUAAUGGAAGAUGAAGAACCAACUUUGAUAGACGAGAUCCUAGCGGCCAUUGUCGACUUCUUUCAAGUUCUUGUCAGAUCAUCCUAUAUCGCGACCACAAUAACAAUGAUGGCGUGGAGCAUCAUGUACCACUCGUGGCUGACGUUCGUUCUGCUCAUGUGGGCGAACAUCGUGUGGCUGUGCCAGGACCAGCGCUCCUUCAUGCUCAAAACCAGCCCGGUGCUGGUCUGCUACGCCAUGCUCCUACUCCUCGCGCAGUAUAUCUAUGGAAUGGACUUACUAGAAUCCGAGUUACCAUCGAAUAUAACGGCGGUGAACCUACAGCAGAUAGGGUUGGGUCGGGAGGCGGGCGAGGCGUGCGUGCCGCUAUUGGUCAAGUCGGUGAUGGCGUGCAUGUUCUGGGUGACGCUGCGGCAGCGCGUCACGGAGCUGCGCACGAACCGCCGCUCCACGCUCGUCGCCAAUAUGGCCGCGCCCCUACAUCUUACUGCCUCCACCGCCGCUAGUGCUAUAGAGGGCGAGCGGGAGGAUGAGAACCGGUCGCGGCUGCUGGUCGCGAUAGGGGAGUGGCUACGCGGUGCGUGCGCGCGGUACUGGAUCUACGUGGUGGUGAUCAUGCUCUUUGUGAUCGGCAUCACAGGCGAGAGAAUGACGAUAUUCCGGAUAACGUACAUGGCCCUGUUCCUGAUCUUUAUACUCAUGUUACAGAUAAGUUGGUACUGGUGGCGGCGUUUGAUGUACGUGUUUUGGAUCACUGUAAUCAUUUACUCAAUGAUAAAUCUUAUACUCAUUUAUAUCUACCAGUUCGACAAUUUCUCCAAGAUGAUUGAAACCUACCUCAUGAUAAACGAAAGACUGCAACACGACCUAGGGUUGGACACAUAUCAUAAAGCUGAUCUUUUCGUGAAGCUACUAACGCCAACUCUGUUCCUAAUCAUAACGAUAAUGCAGGUGCAUUACUUCCACAAAGACUUCAUGGCGCUCUCUGAUCCAAAAACGAGGACCGAGAGUUUGGCUAGAGAGAUAGAGUCAAGAAGAGCUAGUCAAGCGGGUGCUUCCACUAUUAAAGAUGAUCUCCCGGCUUUGCCGCUAGAAGAGGAACAGGAAGAAGGUCGUGAGUCGCCGACCGGCAGCGACACGGAGGCCGAACAUUCCAUUAAUUCCUCCGUCAACACCGCCGCCAGACGAUCCAUACACAGGAAGUCGUCUCGCAGCCGUUCAAUCGCGGCGACGGCGUCGGGUCGCUCGGCCCUGUCUGGCCGCUCGACGCGCACGUCAACCGCGUUCCGCCCGUGGCUGCUCGAGCGAGUCCGCGCCGCGCGCCGCGUGCUCGCCGCCGCCGCAGACUACGCCUUCAUAUUCCUAGACAUACAUCUAGUCAAAAUUAUCUUCCUAGCUCUUAUGCUGCUAUGCGUACUAAAUGUGAGCGCUAUACACGUUCCGAUUAUGCUAAUCAUAUCUCCGGCCCUACUGCUCAAUCCAAGAAAGCAACGAAUCUGUAUACUCUUCAUUUCGACUCUCAUAAGUGUAUACUUUAUGGCGAAAAUGGUGUAUCAAAUAGAAUACAUCAAGCAUAGUUUCUUCGAUGUGAAUUGCACAGAUUCCGAAGGCGUGAAUAUAACGACGUACAAUAACGCCGAGUGGGUGGGAUUUGUGAAGGCGAGUCGCGAUCGGCCGCUAGUCGUGUUGCUGAAAGGAUACAUUGCGUUAAUCGCACUUAUUACCUUCUACUCGCUGGUCAACUACAGACAAAGUUCUAUGAAGGCAGUAGGCAUACUACCAAACCACAAGGAGACGCUAAUGUUUCCGGAUAUAACUCGAGCUGACGCUGAUAAAGACUUGAUACAUUGUAUUAAGUUCUUUAUGAACUAUGGAUUCUAUAAAUUCGGGGUUGAGAUAUCAUUGAUCUGCCUGAUGGGCGUGGUUGGGUCGCGGAUGGACGCGGCGGCGGCGCUGUACGCGUGCUGGCUGCUGGCGCUGGUGGGCGUGCGGCGUGCGCGGCUGCCCCGCCUCUGGCCCGCCUUCACCGGCUGCAUGGUCGUGCUGCUGCCGCUACAGUACAUGCUGGCUCUCGGCUUCCUGCCGCAGCUGUGCGUGCAUUACCCGUGGACGGGCGAUGGAACGCAAAUGAAGCAAAUCCGAACGUGGUUCUAUCUGCCAUAUGCUGACGACCCGCCGUACGCUGUGAAACUUAUUUUCGACUAUUUCCUGCUGAUGUUUGCUGCGAGACAACUGAGAGUGUUCCGCAUUGAGAAAUCUCAGGGAGAUUCCUACCCUGGCGGGUCUAAUAGUGAAGAUAUCGGCAAAAAUUGGGAGACACCGAACUUUGUUAAUCCAGUUCCAGAUUUCCUUGGUUAUGUCGGCACGUGGUUAGAUGUUAUAAAACGAAUGGUGUUCUUAGGAAUGCUAUGGGUGACGUUGGCGAUUAUGUUCAUGACGGGCACGAAUCGGGUCAAUCUCUUCUCCAUGGGCUAUCUCAUCGGGUCGUUCAUAUUCCUUUGGCAAGGCACAGACUUCUAUCUGAGACCCAAGGAUGCUAUAUUGCAAUGGUGGUCGUGGCUGGUGCGCUACAACGUAUGCGUGGUUGGCGUGAAGACGCUGCUGCAGAUCCCGGGCUGCAUGUUCAGCGACGUGCUGCAGGAGCACGCGUGCUGGCUGGUCCAGCUGCUCGGCAUAGGCUGUAUCGACAAGUUCGCCGGCCGCAGCGUCUCCAAGUUCCUUAAAGUGGAAUAUAAUAAGGAUUCUCCGUGCAUGGUGCCGCAAGAAGAUAUCGGUCUGGCGUGGGAUGGAGUUUGUUUCGCGUUCCUCAUUCUACAGAGGAGGCUCUUCAACAGCUACUACUUUUAUAGAGUCAUUGACGAGAGCAAAGCCACUACGGUUCUUGCUUCCAGGGGUGCUGAUUUGAUCGAAGAACUUCGUCAGAAACAAAUGUUAGUUCAAGAGGAACAGGAAGUUAAAAUAUUAGAAAAGAUCAAAGUGAAAAUGGAGAGAAUAAAAGCGAAUCAAAAGAAAAUACAGGGUGCUAUGGCUAAAGAGCCUGGACAUCACGAUAGAGGAAGAAGCGUUGCGUCAAGUAAAGAACGAGUUUUCACAAAAAGGCACGAAGCUCGGGGCAGGUUGCUGUAUAGGCCGCCUUCCAGCCAUCAGAAGGCGGUGCGUUCCGGUGAUUACUAUAUGUUCGACGAGUUCGACGACACUGAGCUGCACAUGAAAGACGACGAGUCGAGUUCCGACGAAGAAAAUAUUCCCAAGGAAUUGGGCUUCGGAAAGCUGGUGUCAACGGCGAUACGUACGGACCUGCGUCGCGCGGUGUCGCUCCGCCGUGCGUCCGCGCCGUCGCUGCGUCCCCCUUCAUUCUGCACGCCGGCUAAGUCACGAUCGGUGCUGUCGCGCGGUGACGCUGAUGCGGACGUCACAGUGACGGACCGCAGCCGUGCCGGCCCCUCCUCCGAAAUCGAUGAUUUCGCACCGCCUCCAGAGGACGAAACAUUCAUCGACAAGAUGAAAGCACACAUGGAGACAGCUAGCGCGUUCAUAUCGAGUAUUCUAGUUUCGCUGACGAGACAUAUCAUGAGAUACUCCCGGGACUACCGAUACGUGUCCCGUACGCUUUCUGUGGAGAAGAAAAUCCUAAAGGAAAAGGAAGGCUUCGGCAUCGGUAUCAGGGAGGGUUCGCAAAUGAUUUGGGAACCGCUGCCCGAGACUUCUGUAUAUCACAAAGACGUGACGACUCUAGAGGAGCAAGACGAGUCGAUGUUCAAGCAGGGCAAGUCGCCGCUGCUGCACCUUCUGUACGCGCUGUGGUACGCCAUACUGGCGCACACGGACAUCGUCUGCUACCUCAUGGUCUUUAUUAAUCAGAUACAAUCGGCAACAAUCCUCUCAAUUCCUCUGCCGCUGAUGGUAUUCCUGUGGGGUACGCUGUCCAUUCCUCGGCCUACCAAAACCUUUUGGGUCACACUUAUUGCUUACACUGAGGUAAUAGUUUUAAUCAAGAGCAUGUUCCAAUUCGAAAUAUUGCCGUGGAACAUCAAGGCGGUGCCGGCCAACAACCCCUUCACUGCACCGCGCAUCAUCGGCAUUGAGCGGAAACACAACUACGCCCUCUACGACCUGCUGCUGCUGCUCAUUAUAUUUUUGCACAGAUUUAUGCUGAAAUCAUUGGGUCUAUGGAAGGAGGCAACCCCAGAGUUGGAGUUGCAGGAAGAUAUGGAGUACAGUUUGAGUCCGGAGGACACACAAAUGCUUGUGGAGGGAAAAUCGGCCGAGGUCGGCAAGAAAUAUGUUCAACUACACGAGGGGACUAGUCCGGAACAUCCUGACGGUAGUCCGCCGGCUUCGAACAGGGAGCCAGACGGAGAUAACCAGCAACUGAUGCUGAACGGAGCCUCAGGUAUUGACGAUGAACCCGGCCCGUCGAAACUACCAGAAGACGACCAUUAUAAAGUUAACGACGAUCAAGAACCCAUAAUCGCAGUGACGACGAACCUCGAGGACAACUACAAACACUAUCCUCAAAUGUUAUUGCUGUCCGUAAAGCGGUAUCUGCGUCCGACGCGGCGGUUCUUCAUGCGCAUGCUGGCGCCGGGCGCGCGCGUCACGGCCGACAUCUACGCCUACAUGUUCCUCUGCGACUUCCUCAACUUCCUCGUUGUCAUAUUCGGCUUCGCGGCCUUCGGGACGCACCAAGGCGACGGCGGUGUACAGACGUAUUUAGAGGAGAACAAGGUGCCGAUCCCGUUCCUGGUGAUGCUGAUCCUGCAGUUCGGCCUCAUCGUGGUGGACCGCGCGCUCUACCUGCGCAAGUUCAUGCUCGGCAAGAUCCUCUUCCAGUACAUACUCAUCAUCGGCGUGCAUAUAUGGAUGUUCUUUGUGCUGCCUUUCAUCACGGAACGUAAAUUCAACUCGCUGCUGCCGCCGCCGAUGUGGUACAUGGUGAAGUGCGUGUACCUGCUGCUGUCGGCGUACCAGAUCCGCUGCGGCUACCCGCGCCGCAUCAUCGGCAACUUUCUUUGCAAGUCCUACCGCUUCCUCAAUAUGAUCUGCUUCAGAGGGUUUAUGGCAGUACCGUUCCUAUUCGAGCUGCGGACUCUCAUGGACUGGAUAUGGACGGAUACUUCUAUGACACUCAUGGACUGGCUCAAAAUGGAGGAUAUAUUUGCCAGCGUCUUCCUGCUGAAAUGUUCGCGGUACGUGGAGGACAAGUUCCCGCAGCCGCGCGGCGCAAAGAAGUCGAGCGUCUCCAAGUACAUGCUGGGCGGCGGCGUGCUCGCCUUCGUCAUCGCCAUCAUCUGGUUCCCCCUCGUCUUCUUCGCCUUCGGGAACUCGGUUGGAAAACCGAAUCCGCCCACCGAUGUGACCGUCAACAUUCGAAUAGGACCGUUCCUGCCCGUGUACCAGAUGUCAGCACAGUCGCACAACAUCGACGUCUACACGGAACAAGAAUACCUGCAGCUGAGCAACCUGUACCUGCGCGACCGCACGGCGCAGACGUUCCUGUCCAACUACAUGUACAACGACGUCGCCGUCGUCACCAUCAACCCCAACUCCACCAUGGAGUGGGUCAUCUCGCCGCCGGAGCUCGCGAGACUCGAGCAGGAGGCCCGAUCUAAGUCGAGUCUCCUGGUGAAGUUCACGUACGUGAUAACGCACCCGAGCACGACGGCGCAGAACCCGCCCACGAUCGAGGACCACCGCGAGGUGCCCAUCGACGCAGCCGCCGACCGCGCCACGCUGCUCCGCCUGCUCAACGGCACCGCCCCAGACGACGCCUGGAUAACUGUAAAGACUUUGUUCCCGAAGUUUAUUAAAGUUUUUAACAAGGGGACGACGAAGCCAGCCUACCAACUGAUGCCUCAGUUUGGAGAAGCAGAAGACGACGACCGGCGCUACUACCGCGACGUGAAGUUGCGUCUGGAGCGCGAGGGCAAGGACAUGUACUGGCGCGUCGAGGAGUCCUGCGAGCCGCCGGACACGAGGCUGGCGUCAAUACCUAAGAACGACUGUAAUAUGCUAGUCAUGUACACUUUCAACGACAAACUGUUCCCGGAAACACUCAACUUUAUAUCAGGAGGAGGUAUAAUCGGGCUGUACACGACGUUCGUGUUCCUGGCAUCGCGGAUGCUGCGCGGCUUCUUCUCCGGGAUAUAUACCAAGAUCAUGUUCGACGACCUGCCCAACGUCGACCGCGUGCUGCAGCUCUGCCUCGACAUAUACUUGGUGAGAGAAGCCCUCGAGCUGUCUCUGGAGGAGGAUCUGUUCGCAAAACUCGUGUUCCUGUAUCGGUCGCCCGAAACUAUGAUCAAGUGGAGCCGGCCCAAGGACGAGGAACAGGAGCAGAGAGCACUUCCAGCGCCGAAUUAGUUACUUGAAAGACUUCGCUUCUUUUUUAAAAUCCGUUGCUACCUCACUACUUGAUGCAUAAUAUUAUAUCCUAUGGCCUAUAUUACAAACUUAAAGGUGUAUUCAGAUAAUACGUUGUUAUGACCAAAGGCUGCCAGGGUCAUGGCAUUUCAGAAGUAAUGUAGAUGAGAACAUAGAUUGUCACGACAUACAAUAUCAAACUUGACCGUGUGCCCGGUCACAGUCACUUCAAGCUAAUCUGGAUGCACCUUAUAAUUUUGUUUAGUGCUGUACUUGAGACUUAUUCAAUUCAAACGACUGUAUGUUAGAUAAUAUACACUUUAUAACUGAAGCACUUAAUUAUGUCAACUUUCUUCUUAAAAGUCCUUAAAAGUGACUUUUUGUAGGUAAUAUGUUCAGUGUAGACGCUCUCUAUACUCUGUUUUAUACUUGCGCACGUUAAUGUUUUAUUCAUCACAGAUCUUUAUAUCAAUGUUACUAUUACCUGUUUUUUUUUAAUAUUAUAGUGGUAGUUCCUUUCAAUAAAUAUUCUAUUUGACUUGUAAUGAAAAAGCACAGAGUUGUCUCUGUUUUUUAUUAUUCUCUGUUUACGACGAUGCGAACUGCGAAAACUCUGCGAAACAGCAAUAGAGCGAGAUGCAAUAUUAUAACGGACUGUCGUGUGGCGGAUGAGAC